GCCUGAGUGGCCCCCGUCGACAGUUAGCCCGUCCGCUAGGAGGUCUCGGAUAUCGGUUCGUCUCGAUCAUACCUACAUGGCGGUAGAUUCGUCCCAUCCUUGUCUGCAAUAUCAACAUCCACUAUCAAUUCUCUAUCGUUUUCCUCUGAUGGUCAUCUUUUGGGUCUUUUUAUCCCAAUGCCAAUGCUGCCAAUGCACACUAUUCCGCAAAACCAACAUCCACAUCCGUCCAUCAUUGACCACUUAACCACUCACUACUCCGGAACAGGGGAGUCAAUCGGGCCAGCGGACCACCCGAGUGCGAGUUACAUCCAUCUAUCCAUCUAGGAUUCCAGCGUCAUCAUAGUACGGUAUCACCAAGACGGGCAACAAGCCACAGACAGUUACUGCUCGAUACUACCAUCAGAUCGUCAGAGAGAGAAUCUGCAAAGAUUAUCCUUCCAUCCCAACAUCAGAUGGACCCCCGGAUAGCUCGACCGUCGACAGCAAGCUCCUCCAGUCCCUUCCCCUCCCCCUCGCCAAGUGUCAGUAUAGCCCAUGCGCCUGGAGCUGUACCAACAAUCCCGGUUGACGUCUCCGAUGGCAUCAACGGCUACAACACGGCGCUGGUCACCGAGCUGCUGAGGCACAAGCGCAAGGCACGCGAUGUCAAGUCCUGCUUCCCUUGCCGACACCGCAAGGUCCGGUGCGAUGGCGGUCUUCCAUGUUCCAACUGCGUGAAGAGGGAUCACGUCUCGCUGUGUCGGAGGGUCACUACCACUCCUGGAGCGUCGUCAGUGACCAAGUCGGCUGUCACCAAGGGGAUAUCGGUUCAGUCUGUCCCUGUCCCGUCCGUUGCGGCUAGUUCGCCAAGAUCAGUCGGCGGCGAUCCUUACGGCGGCGGAAGUAAUGGGUUUGGUGCCUUUGACCCCACGACAACGGGGCAACAACAGCAGCAGCACAAUGGCUAUGUUGACCAUGGUAGCUCUCCAAGCACCAUCGCAAACCACGAUGUUGGAAUGAAUGGGUGGUCGGGAUAUCCCCCUCCACCGCAGCCACAGAGGAGAGGACCACACGAAAUAGCCUCACCAAAUCCUCAACUCAGAGACAGCUAUCUUCCACCAUUGGUACAAGGCCAGCAACCACAACCACAAGAUGACGAUGAUGGCAUUCUAGAACGUCUCGAAAACAUUGAGAGGCAAAUACAAUCUCUCAAGUCGGACUUGGUCCAGCGCCGGUCCAACCGAGCAUACCAGAAUGCCGGCAACCAUCAACCACAUCCCCAACAAGAUGCGCAAACACCAUCAAUGUCGCAGUAUUCCGAGCACCACCGAGACACCCCCGACCUCUUACCCCGUCUAGACUCGUUAGUAGCCACCUCUACCACAACUACUACCACCUACGGCAACACCAACAAUAACAACCACAACCACAGCGGUUCCCACAACCACACCCGCAAACCCUCCUCCACCCAAGCCCACUACGGCGGCACCCCGCCUGCCAUCUCCCAACUCGAAUCGACCCCCCUUUCCCGCGGGAAACAAUUCGUCGAAGAAGCCACAGGCGCCACCAUCUUCCUCGGCAAGCGCGCCGACCCUCCCCUUUCGCUCGGCUGCUUCCAAGACCCCGCCCCUCUCUUCUCUCUCGGCGUGGAUGCCGGUCUCAACGGACCGCAAGGAAGGCACCAUGAUGUCCAGCUGCAUGUGACACCGCGAACGUAUCCGUUUACGGACUUGUGGGCGCGCGAGGCGAAGCUGGCCGAUGUGUGUCGGACGUUGCCUUGUCAGAGCGAUAUAAUCCGGUAUUGGCAGGCUUUUGAGACGUCUGUGUACCCGUUUUAUCCGCUUCUCGUGGCUCUCGACGACUUUCGGGCGAGUAUCUAUGCGUUCCUGUCGAGGCAGCCGAUGAUGAGUCGGGCGCAACAGCAGGAGGCCGAAGGGGGGAAUGGGAAUACGACGAGCUGGAUCGAGGAGAAUACGGAUCCGAGUUGGUUGGCCUUGUUGUUUAGUGUGCUGGCGUGUGGGACGCAGUUUAGUGAGGAUACGGCGCAGGAGAGGUAUUUGAGGAGUAAGGUUUUUAUUUGUUCGGCAUUCCAAUGUCUCAGAACAGCCAACCUCUUUUUCAAGACAGAUCUGAACCAGAUCCAAGCCAUGGCUCUCGUGAGCCACUGUCUGCGGAAUAAUCUGGAGACAAACACUGCUUGGAUACUCCUCGGCGCAACAAUCCGGUUGGCGCAGAGUAUUGGAUUGCAUGAGGCAUCGAUGCCGGGAUCUCAGGGCGCAUGGGCGAGCGAGGUCCAUCGUAGCCAGGCGGCACAUCUUUGGCGCAUGAUCAUCAUUCAAGACACCUUCCUCUCCUUCACCUACGACCGCCCGCCUGUCGCAACCUCCACCAUCCUGCACAAUGACCUGUUCGGCGCCCACCGCCACCUUGCCUCCUCCCGCUCUUCCAGCGCCUCCCCCACGAAAUACACCUUCACAGAAACCGUCUUCCGGGUCUGCCUCGUCAUUCUCGACUGGACCCGCGAAGGCACCGCGACUUCCCGAUCCCCCACCACCCUGUUCGGCACCGAAAAAGACCGCCGCUACUCCCAAAUCCGCUCCCUGCUAUCCUUCAAGCGGCAGUUCGACCUGGUCCGAGAAGAGUCAGUUCAAUACCUGAGGGAUGACUCGCACUGCAAGACUCUCCAAGAGCAUUUGGAGCGAUUGGGGCUCCAGAUCCAUGUGGCCAGUGCUUUGUGUAGGAUGUACCGAUUGUGCGUUGAUUCACUGCGGGAGGAUCGCCAGCAGGGCUUCGACGCGGUGGGGAUCCAGGGACAAGAGGAAGAGCAGCUGACGAGCGAGUACGCCAUGCACGCCACGGAAGCUGUUCGUGGGUUCUUGGAUAUGUACCAGUUGAGUCCGACCGUGUGUCGGUCUUGGUCGUUUGUGCAUAAUGCGGUUAGUUCGGCAGUGAUGUUGAGGGAGCUUUUGGUUGGUGGUGGCCCGGGGGGUUCGUCGACUCCUGCUUCCAACCACCAGCAGCAACAACAGGGAAGUGGAAUGCAGGCACUAAGAGAGGAAUGGACGAGAAGGAGCGAACCCUUGGUUCAAAAGCUGAUUGGAGUGCUGGAAAAGGAGGAGAGGGAGAGUGAGUGGUUGGAUGCGGAUACGAAUGUGAGGCAUUCGGGACCACAUUGGAGGGCGUGGAGAGUGCUCAAGGAGAGUUAUGGGCGGUGAUCAUUGGAUGUUGCGGGCAAAACAGAGGUAUAGAUGGAUAUUCAACAUGGUUAUGAAGCUGGGGAUAGACAUGGGACAAGACAUUGAUAUGGAAAUACACGAUGGGUUAGGCCGGCAUUGUAGACAUAGCACACGCGGAGUUCAUGCUUUGGAAAAGAAAUGUUUUGACCGGAGAUGAUUGGGGUCC